AUGGCAGCCACACAUCUGUCUGCUAUAUUUGACCAUGCUGGUAUCCAUGAGAGGAACACAAAGGUGGAAAACAUCCACUCUGCAUUACAGAACCCAAUAACCUUUGAGGAUGUGGCCAUAGACUUCACCCAGGAGGAAUGAGCGUUAUUGAAUUCACGUCAGAGAAAACUGUACAGAGAUGUGAUGCUGGAGAACUAUAGAAACUUGGCAUCUCUGGAAAAGCAGCUCAGCAAACCCACUCUGAUCACCCAGAUGGAACAGGAAGAUGAAAUGAAAACAGAGACAGGAAAUCACCAAGAUACCUGUUCAAAUGGGAUGGUUCUCCUUAAAACAAAACAAUCACAACAUAAGCAAGGUAUUUUGGAGAAAGAAGCACUCAGUGCCAAGAAGGAGCAAACUCAUGGAGGAAGAUCCAUUGAAAAGAAUAAAAUUGUCUUGAGCAUGAAAUCUAGUGUCACUCAGAAUCAGAGAAUUCAUCCUGGCGAGAAUCCCCAUCACCAGUAUGGUAAAGUAUUACAGAACCACUCAUCCAUUGCAUUGCACAUGAGAACCCACAGUGGAGAAAAACCUUUUAAAUGUAAGCAAUGUGGGAAAGCCUACAGUUCAAGCUCUUAUAUUACACGGCACAAGAGAAUUCACACUGGGGAGAAGCCCUAUGAAUGCCGUGACUGUGGAAAAACUUGCAGAGAUAGUUCACUUCUUAGACAACAUGAAGGAAUUCAUUCAAGGGACAAACCUUACAAAUGUGAUCAGUGCAGCAAAACCUUCAGUAGAAGCUCUAGGCUUACCAUGCACAAGAUAAUACAUAACAAAGAGAAGCCCUAUGCCUGCAAUGAUUGUGGGAAAACCUUCAAUAUUCUUUCAUACCUUACAAGAAGAGGCCACUGUGGAAAAGCAUUAAGUAGUCCAUCAGUCCUGAAGACACACCUGUGGAUACAUACUAGAGAGAAACCUUACAAGUGUGAUAAGUGUGGGAGGACUUUUAGAAUGAGCUGUAAUCUUAAUGUGCACAAGAAAAUGCAUGCUGGAGAGAAGCCGUGUACUUGCAAUGACUAUGGGAAAGCCUUCAGGGAUCACUCGUGCCUUAAAGAACAUGUGAGAAUUCACACUGGGGAGAAACCCUUUGCAUGUAAUCAGUGUGGGAAAGCCUUCAGAAUGAAAUCUUUCCUCACUUUACAUAAGAAAAUUCACAUGAAAAUGAAACAAUAUGAGUGUAAGGAGUGUGGGAAAAAACCCUUCAAGUGUAAUGAGUGUGAAAAGGCUUUUAGGAGGCAUGUGUCCCUUACAAUACACAUAAGAACUCACACUGGAGAGAAACCCUAUGAGUGUGAUCAAUGUGGGAAAACCUUCAGCGUAAGGUAUAAUCUUACUGUGCACAAGAGAGUCCAUACUGGUGAAAAGCCCUAUCAAUGCAGUGUCUGUGGACAUGCUUUCAGUAAACUCUCCUCCCUUCAGCAGCAUCAUGAGAGCACUCAUGCUGGAUAA